UUAUAAAAUGUAUUUAGUAUUGAAUUUCACGUAUAACCGUACACACCGUAAGUUACAUACACCACAACAUUUCGGAAUUUUAAUAUCUUGUCAAGCUGAUCGUUGUGAAAUAAUGACCGGCGGUCGUCCCAUCGACAGUGCGACGACGCGUUCAUAGGAAACAAUAUAAUAUUAUGUAUCCCGAGGACGAAGAAAAAAGCAAAGGCGGGCUAGUAUUCACAUGGAUAUCCUUCGUGCUGGCCGUCACCUCCAUACCGUUCUUUAUCGGCAGUUAUCUAAUUACAACGGCCGGUCGCUUUGUUCUACUACAAUGUCUAAAAAGAAUUUAUCCAGAUUUGGAAUUUAUAAGUACAAUGUCCAUGCGGUCGGCAAUGGACUCUCCGGAAAAUACCGGAUUCAUCGUGGUAUUGCUCAAAGUCAACGGCCAGUGUGACUUGAGUUUAGUAAAAAGCGCCAUUCAGACCGGCAUAAUAGAAAAACGACACUGUCAAAGCGGUCGGCUGUGUUUUCCGCACUUGCAGUGUUCCCUAACUAGAAAAUGUUUACGGUAUGCAUGGACGUCAAAUACAAAAUUUUCUUUAGACAAUCACGUGGUGGGCACAGAGGACAAUAAGGUUGUUACCGAAGAUACCAUUUUGGAGUAUGUGAACAAUGUCAUUAAAACGAAAAUACCUCCUGAACUACCACAGUGGCAGAUCACCGUGGUGCCGGUAAGCAGUAAAUUCUACAUGUUGGUGAGGUUGCAUCACCUGUACGCUUCCGAAGAUGGUGUGGGCAUAAGCGAGUUGCUGUUGCUCAAGACUAAAGACUGGAAACACGCGGAGGCGACGCAGCCGGCGUACCAUCGCCACACGGACAUGGACAGCAUCAAGAACAUCCUAGCCACCGUUUACCAAGCGCCUACGGCGCUGCCUAGGCUGUGCGAACACGUGUCGGAAAUUUGGACCAACACGUGGAACGAGCUGGUGUCCACGUACGACCCGCUGGAAAACCCGAAGAUCCUCAGGCGCCGGCCAAACGUGUUCGCGUUCACCUCGAUGCUGGCCAUAGUCAUGAUGUCCGCGUACAAGGACACGGACAAGAAGUACUUGUACGUGUACAAGGUGAAAAAGGAAUUGGCAAAGCGUAACAUCCGCUGGAGGUUCGCGUUCCAGAGCAUGGUGUACACGUUCCAUCCUGCCUUGUGGAUAUCGUUGACGUGGUGGCUGACGGUCAAGGGCCUGUUCCGGUUGCCCAUGACGCCGCUGAUCAUGAUCAAAAACACGUCCACCUACGUGUACUGGACGUACGUACUCAUGUACAGCGCGUCCGAAAUUAUGUACAUGUUCCGGUUGGCGUACAACGCGCCCAGGACGCUCAUCAACGAACUGGUGUUCCCGUUUUUCAGCCGUACCCAAAACAUCGAGAUCCAGCUUGGUGGCCAAAAGUGCGUGUACUGGUCCCGUCCCAUCGACAUGAGAGUGGUGAACACCAUCCACAACAACACGGGAGCGGCCACGUGCGAGAUUCAGUUGUCCAUGUUGGCCGCGGCCCUGAAAGAGUACUUCGAACGGUCCGGCAUCAAACACCCGGAAAAAGUGAUGACCACCACGCGGUUCGUGUCCAAGAACAACCUGUUCCAACUCCACAACCGGUACGUCGUGUCCUACGGCCUGCUGUCGCUGCCCCUGCCAAUGGACAUCGACGACGAUCCCAUUUAUUGUCUGCAAAAGAUGCAGGAAUGCCUGCAGGAAGCCAUCGCCAACCAGACGGGUCUAUACAUAGCGUCCAUGUGGCAGAUCGACCACAGCCUGGCCACGUCGUUUCUGCCGUCGCCGUUAGUCAGCUACGCGCUCAGUUACUUGUCCAAAAAGUAUCCGUUGACCGUCACGUACGUCGAGGAGAACAAGUGGGAUUAUGAAAAGCAGCGGUUGUUGUGGGACCAAGAAGUGGACGCCAUCAUGUACUGGAGACCGCCGCAAGCCAACGUUUGCUUAUCCUUGUCUUUGAUGAACUACGGUGGAAAUUUGAGAUUAGCCAUAAUGGCAGAUACAACGAUGGCUCCACAGUGUAAAGAGAUAGUAUCCAAGUACGAAGAAAAUAUUCAAGCAAUUGUUUUGGGUGCUGAAGAAUACGCCAAAAUCGUCAACACGUCGGAUUAAUUCAAGACCGUAUCAUUUUUUUUAAAUACUGUUAUUUAUGUUUAAACUCGAUUAAUUAAAUACUUUUGUCAUAUAAGUCAAUAAAAUUGUCGUUUAAUUAUUAUUAUUACUAUUAUUAUAAUACUUUAAUACAUUAUUUUAAUUUACAUA